AUGAGUUUCAAGAGAAAAGAGGAAAAUCCGGAUCUCCAAGCUUUCCUGGAGCAACACCAUCUGAGGGACCGGCUUAAUCCUCGAGACUCAUUUUUCGGAGGACGGACCAAUGCCCUCAAAUUGUUCCACGAGGGAGACGCUAAAUAUGUGGAUUUCACAUCCCUCUAUCCAUGGGUGAACAAAUAUUGCGUCUACCCUGUAGGACAUCCAACAAUCAUUACGGAAAGCUUUGGGGAUAUAGAAAAUUACUUUGGACUUAUCCAGUGCCGUGUGAUUCCUCCUCGGAACCUCUAUCUCCCGGUACUGCCCUAUCGGUGUAGGAAGAAGCUCAUGUUCCCCCUGUGUCGGACUUGUGCCUUUCUACAGUCUCAGUCUUCCUGUACCCACACAGACGAUGAAAGAGCUCUUGUCGGAACGUGGGUAUCGGAAGAAGUCAAGCUGGCGAUAAAGAAAGGUUACCGCGUCACACAUAUUUACGAAGUCUAUCAUUUCAAAGAAUCGUCUACUUCCCUGUUUCGUUCCUACAUUGAUCUCUUUCUGAAGAUCAAACAGGAAAGUAGCGGUUGGCCUUCGGAGUGUGUGACGCCUGAAGACAAAUUAAAGUAUAUUCGCCAGUAUGAAGAAAGAGAGGGCGUCAAGUUGGACGCUGGAAAGAUUUCCAAGAACCCUGGGCGUCGACAAGUUGCCAAGUUGGCCCUGAACAGUUUCUGGGGCAGAUGGGGCAUGAACGUCAACAAAGCCCAACUGACCUACGUACAUACGGUGCCAGACUUUAAUAAGAUGUUGGCGGAUCCUACUAAAAAAAUCAAGGAUGUCUUUCUUUCUUCCCACGCCUGA